AUUACAAAGUACAAUCGGUGGCGCAAAAAACAAUCCCUCAUAUUGGUCGGUAGGUGGAAAAUUGAAAGUGUUAUAGUCAGGGGCUAUAGCCCCGGGUGUCAUGCCAAUAGCCUCAGGUCUCUCACAGAGCCAAUUUAUAAUUUUUUUUUUGGGCCACCUAGGUUGGCCCUGCUGCUGCACCGCCGCUCACUGUUUUAAAGCUACUUCAAGACAGUGAGCCGGCCCGAUCUGAUGAGGACAUCGUGCAAGUGACGUUCCUCCGCAGACCCACGCAGGAGGAUAUCAGUGACGUCACUUGUCAGGCCGCCACCAGAGAGAAGAAGCUCUGCGCAGGCCAGAUGAUGCUAGUAUCGACGAAAAUUUACCAUUAACAUGAAGUAGAAUAUGUCACAAAAAAGCUAUCUCUGAAGCAGAAUGAAAGUUGCCGAACCCAUUGCUACCGUAUACUCGCCUGUGAACCCUGGCUGCCUGCCCUGACCUCUGCUACGUCCGACUACGCUCUUGCCUGCUCCCUGUGUACCACGCCAUAUCAGCUGCCAGAGAGGUCGAGUUGCUACUGGAGUAUACCACCUGGUGGUUACCGCCGCAGCAAGUCCAUCCCGCCUUGCGGCGGGCUCUGGUGAAAACCAGUAACCACUUAGAACCGGUCCUCUGGUACAACCUGCGUCAUCGCCUCUCUGGUCCAGAGGAUCCACUACCAGUCCUGCCGAAGGUGCAGUCAGAUGAUGGAUGAGCAAGUUCUUAUAAUGAACUGAUGAAGAUUUUUGCUUCUGGUAAAGAAUAAUUCACAUCUCAGAAGGAGGAAAACAAAGAUCUUAAGCAGAAAAAUACAAAAACAACACCGCAAAGUAUAACCCAGUGCAAGGUGUUGGAUUAAUCACUGAAUACUUUACUAUGAAGACGGAAAGUACUCCCUCUUUGUGCCAGGAACAUUCCCCCUUCCAUGGGCUGGAUCACAAGAUGAAUGAGCCAUGUGCGGGUUGUGGAUGCACAAUCUCAGACCGGUUCCUGCUCAGAGUGAAUGACAGAUCUUGGCACGAGUGCUGUGUAAAGUGCGCAGCCUGUCUACAAAUCCUCUCCGGGACCUGCUAUUACCGUAACCGUCAGCUGUACUGCAAAGAAGACUAUGAAAAGCUUUUUGCUACUAAAUGCAACAGCUGCCUGAAAACAGUGAUGCCAUCUGAACUGAUCAUGCGCGUUCUCAACCAUGUGUAUCACGUGGCCUGCUUCUACUGCUGCGAGUGUGAGCGAAGACUAGAGCGAGGAGAUGAGUUUGUCCUAAAAGAAGGACAGCUGUUGUGUCGAAGUGACUACGAAAGGGAGAGAGAGAUGCUCAGUGCCUUCAGCCUGACACCAGCAGGAUCUGUUAAAAGUGAAGAUGAGGAUGGAGGAACAGGGAAAGGAAGUGAUGAAGCAAAGGAACUGAAACGAUCAAAAAGGCCGAGAACAAUUCUCACCACACAGCAGCGCAGAGCUUUUAAGGCAUCCUUUGAGGUGUCUUCCAAGCCUUGCAGAAAGGUGAGGGAGACAUUGGCAGCAGAAACGGGUCUGACCGUGCGUGUUGUUCAGGUUUGGUUUCAGAACCAAAGAGCCAAGAUGAAGAAAAUAGCCCGGAGGCAACAGCAACAAGACCAUGAACAGUUGGCAUCACAGCGUCUGGGUACUGCUUGUGGGAACCGUGGAAGUAGUAGACAGAGUAAUGAUGACAGUGAGGAUGGUAGCAGUGGGAUAGAAGGUGUUUUGGUGCCAUAUUCCAGGAUACAGCAGCCGCUCCUCCCAUUGGACCCAAGUGUCUACAGCACAGAUAUUUACAGACAGAGUCUUACCUCUCCCCAACUGCCCGGUGACCAUUUACAUCCGUACGAUCCCGAUAACGUUUUUCAUGACAUGGACAGUGAAAGCAUCAAUUAUCUAGGGGGAUCUUUACUGAUGUCUUCAGAUGCUGAUUUAUACCUAGAUGGUAGACAACCCAACUACAUCCAAAAUAUCAGGACAAUAAGAAUGUCAUAUUUGGACUAUCAUGGACUUGGGGGGCGUCCAAAACAUUCAGAAGGUUAUAAAAUCCAUGUUGUGGUAUUAUUUAUAUAGCUUUUCCAUGUGCUAUUCCAGAACACAUUCCUUCUUCUGACAGUUUUCUAUUUUUAUUCCAAGGUUCUUGUGGACAUCUCUAUAACUUUAAGGCAGUGAAUGAAAAAAACAUUCUUUGUAUGUUCUAUGGCUUAUGAUUUGGCUGAAUAAAUUAAAGAUUUUAUCAU